CCGAAGGAAGCCUAUCGUCAAGAGAUAAGCCCUGUUAUCAUGCGCACCGCAAACAAAGGAAGAACCGCCCUUUGCACCUGGCCUACAAAAGUCGCCCGUCGACGCUGACCUCUGCACCACCCCCCCCCUUCUUCAUCCGCGUGCGCAUCUCAGUCUCAAUCUCAUUCCGAUUCUAGCCCAUUUCCAAGCCAAGUCCACUUUACCCGUCUUCUCAAACAAGCUUCCAUGGCCCCAGAGUCUCUAACCGUCACCACUACCCAAGAAAAUCACGACAUAACCAUAGGAACUAUAACAUGCACUGCAUCUAUUCCAUUCGGAGGCCAAGGCCAAUGGCUCUAUUCACCGGCCACCAAAAAGUUCGACUUGUCUCGAGGCGCGGACCGGAAAAUGGUUCUCGAGUGCGAUGAAGAACGCAGCAACCACACGGGCUUCAUGAUUGACCCUGGCAAGUCAGUCUUGAUCGUCGUUGACAUGCAAAACUACUUUGUUCAUCCAUUGUAUCGCGACCACGCAGCAGGAAUUACUGCCAUCGAUCCUACUUUGAAGGUCAUUGAGAGAUGCCGAAAAGAAGGCAUCCAAGUUGCCUGGCUGAACUGGGGCAUCACCGACCACGACCUGAACAGGAUGGCGCCUGCUGUCCAGCGCGGCUUCAGCAAGACGCUGGGAUGGCAUGUGGGGCUGGGCGCUCAGCUGCCUGACGGCCAAGGACGAUGCCUGUUCAAGCGGACGUGGAACGCAGCCCUAUACGGACCGUUUCAAGCAGUCGCCCAGCCCGGCGAUCUCUUUUUCGACAAGACACGAAUGAGCGGUCUCUGGUCUGAGAGGGAGCCCAUCCAUGAGUAUCUCCGGGCAUCUGGCAAGCACACGCUGCUCUUUGCUGGCGUCAACACGGAUCAAUGCGUCUUUGGCACCGUGUCCGAUGCAUACUCAUACGGAUGGGAUUGUGUUUUGCUCAGCGACUGCACAGGCACAAUGACGGGACGCGGAGCUCAGGAGCUAACCGAAUACCAGAUUUCGCAAAACAUGGGCUUCGUCGUUGACAGCAACACUUUCUGCAAUGCUUCGAUCAAUGAACACGUCGAGGGUUGCUGAUCUGGUCGCGCCCAUGCUCCUUCACAUCGGCCUCUUUUCUUGUUUCUUUCUGGCGGUACCUGUUGUUUAGAAAUACCCAUAGCGCAAGUAGUACAAGACGAAUACAUUUAGAUUAAUUA